CAGCCCUUUUAAAGAAAAAUAAUGUAAAAUUAUUUUUGCACAUUUUACAGCGGUGCACGACCACGGGAACACCCUGCUGGGGCCGCUCUCAAGGCUUUGGAAGUCUUCAUCACAAAACGAGCCCUUCAAACUUGGGCAUCGUUAGCUUCACUCUCCCCCCGCCACCACCAUGCACCGAAGUGUACAGACAUGUUUACAGAUGUGUGCCUCCCCUCUCCGGGGCUUUCCUUAUUAUGUCCCCUAUUUUAUAUAGACAGAGGAUGUUUUAUAAAUUGGUGGUGGUGGUGGGUUUGUUGUUGUUGUUUUGCCUUUUGAGACGGAGUUUCGCUCUUGUCGCCCAGACUGGAGUGCAAUGGCGCGCUCUCAGCUCACUAUAACCUCUGCCUCCCGGGUGCAAGCGAUUCUCCCUCCUCAGCCUCCCAAGUAGCUGGGAUUACAGGUCCCCAACACCAUGCCCCACUAAUUUUUGUAUUUUUAGUAGAGACGGGGCUUCACCAUUUUGACCAUGCUGGUGUCGUACUCCUGACCUCCCUCCAGUAAUCUGCCCACCUUGGCCUCUUUUUUUUUUUUUUUCUUUUUUCUAAGAAAGAAAGGAAGAAAAAGAGAGAAAAGAAGAAAGAAAAGAGAGAGAAAGCAAGAAAAAAAAAAAAAAGGGAAGGAGAACAGGAAUCUUGCUCUAUUGCUCAGGCUAGAAUGCAGUCUAAAAAUGGGUAUUAAAAACCUCUUUUAUGCCAAUAAAUGUGCUUUACAAUGGAGACAGGAAGUAAUGAGGAAGGAAAAUAACAAACAAGCAGCCAACCAAUAUUUCAUUUAAACCUGUGAAAUGCUAUGCAACUGCUGAGGAGUGAUUUACUUCCAAUUUUGUGGUCACUUUUAGAAUAGGUGUCAGUGAUUCUGAGAAAAAUGUGUGGUUUGUGGAUUUGGGGUGGAGAGUUCUAUAAAUGUUUGUUUAAGUUUACUUGUUCCAGGUCUGAGUUCAAGUACUGGAUAUCUUUGUUAAUUUUCUCGCUCAUCGAUCUGUCUAAUAAUGACAAUGUAGUGUUCAAGUCUCCCGCUAUUAUUGUGUGGGAGUCUAAGUCUCUUUGUAAGUCAUUAAGAACUUGCCUUAUGUAUCUGGGUGCUCCUGUAUUGGGUACGUAUAUAUUUAGGAUUGUUAGCUCUUCUUGUUGCAUUGAUCCUUUUACCAUUAUAUAAUGUCCUUCUUUGUCUCUUUUGGUCUUUGUUGCUUUAAAGUCUAUUUUAUCAGAGAUGAGAAUCGCAACUCCUGCUUUUUUUUUUUGGCUCUCUGUUUGGUUGGUAAAUCUUCCUCCAUCCCUUUGUUUUGAGUCUUUGUGUAUCCUUCCAUGUGAGAUAGGUCUGGAUGCAGCAUACCGAUGGGUUUUGGCUUUUUAUACAAUUUGACUGUCUGUGUCUUUUGAUUGGGGCAUUUAGUCCAUUUAAAUUUGAGAUUGAUAUUGAUAUAUGUGAGUUUGAUACUGCCAUUUAAUGCUAGCUGGCUGUUUUGCCCAUUAGUUGAUGUAGAUUCUUCAUUAUAGUGAUGCUCUUUACCUUUUGGUAUGUUUUUGGAAUGGCGGAUGCUGGUUGUUCCUUUCUAUAUGUAAUACUUCUUUCAGAAGCUCUUGUAAAGCAGGCCUAAUGGUGAGGAAAUCUCUGAGUACUUGCUUGUUUGCAAAAAAAUUUAUUUUUCCUUCACUUAUGAAGCUUAGUUUGACUGGAUAUGAAAUUCUGGGUUGAAAGUUCUUUUCUUUAAGGCCAAAUAUUGGCCCCCACUCUCUUAUGGCUUGUAGGGUUUCUGCUGAGAGAUUUGCUGUGAGUCUUAUAGGCUUCCCUUUGUGGGUAACCUGACCUUUCUCUCUGGCUGCCCUUAGUAUUUUCUCCUUCAUUUCAACCCUGGUGAAUCUAAUGAUUAUGUGCCCUGGGGUUGCUCUUCUUGAGGAGUAUCUUUGUGGUGUUGUCUGUAUUACCUGGAGUUGAGUAUUGUCCUGCCUUGCUAGGUUGGGAAAAUUUUCCUGGAUAAUAUCCUAAAGAACAUUUUCCAGCUUGGAUUCAUUCUCUUCAUCACAUUCAGGUACACCUAUCAAAUGUAGAUUAGGUCUUUUCACAUAGUCCCAUAUUUCUUGGAGACUUUCCUCAUUCAUUUUUACCCUUUUUUCUCUAACCUUGUCUUCUCGUUUUAUUUCAUUAAGUUGGUCUUUGACCUCUGAUAUCCUUUCUUCUGCUUGAUCAAUUCAACUGUUAAAACUUGUAGAUAGUUCAUGAAGUUCUCGUAUUGUGUUUUUCAGCUCCAUUAAUUCACUUAUAUUCCUCUCUAAAUUGUCUAUUCUCGUUAGCAUUUCGUCAAACCUUUUUUCAAGGCUCUUAGUUUCUUUGCAUUGGGUUAGAACAUGUUCUUUUAGCUCACAAAAGUUUCUUUAUUAUCCACCUUCUGAAGCCUGAUUAUGUCAAUUCAUCACACUCAUUCUCCAUCAGGCCUAGUUCCAUUGCUGAUGAGGAGCUGCGAUCCCCUGUAGGAGGAGAGACAUUCUGAUUUCAGUGUUUUCAACCUUUUUGUGCUAGUUUCAUUCCAUCUUUGUGGAUUUAUCCACCUGUCGUCUUUGUAAUUGCUGACUUUCAGAUUGGGUCUCUGAGUGGACGUCCAGCUUGUUGGUGAUCAAAUUUUUUCUGUUUCUUUGUUUUGGUGGACGCCCCUCCCCCUCAGAGCUGGACCUGCCGGGGUUCAGCUGUGCUUGCUGUGAAACUCUCAAUCCUCAGCGAUUCCAAUUGCUUUUUUUUGUGUGUGGGAGUGGGACCAGCCGAGCCUGAUCACCUGGCUCCCUGUCUCAGAGUCUCUUCUUCUUUUUUUUUUUAGUCGAAAGGUUGACUCUCUCAAUCUGUGUAAUUUCCUCUGUGGCUACCCACUGCGCUGGCUGAAACAGCAGUGUUGAGAUUCAUGGUGCUUUUCUGUCUGGGAAUCUCCCGGUCUGGCUCCUCGCUUCAGUCCCCUUUUCAAUUAGCUGAAUUGGCGACUCUGCCUUCUCAGAGCUCCAAACUUCAACUAAAAGGGCACCCAGUCCCGUAUACUUUGCCCUGAGAACUGCCGCGCUAGAGUGCCAGUAAAACAGCUGCGCCAGCCCAAAGAGUCACACUGGUGACCCAUGGGGCUCCUCUGCUGGGAAUCUCCUGGUCGGUGGGAAACAAAAAUUCCUCUGGAAGUGUGGCAUCCACUCACUCUCUGCGCUUUCCCUGGGAGCGACAAUCCUGAGCUGCUGCUAUCGGCCAUCUUGGAUCUCUCUCCCCCGCCUCGGCCUCUUAAAGUGCUGGGAUUACAGGCAUGAGCCACCGUGCCUGGCCUGUGGUGUCAUUUUGGAACAUAUGUAUCCUGCUACCAGAUCGAGAGCUCCAGGUCAAAGCCGGGUUCUUGAUUCAUAGCUUCCUAAUGUUGAUCACCGAAUAAGUGCCACACACUAAAAUAGACCAUUUACAUAAAUAAAUUAAUAAAGCAACUGGAGAAGAUAUUUAGUGAAAACAACCCUUGAUGGUCUUUGAACCAAGCAACUAAAAUAACAUGAUAAAAUGGAGACUGGGUUUUGAAUCAAUCUGGAGUUUGUCUGGUUUCAUAAUUCAUGGUUCCUCUUGUGUAACUAGCAUAAAGUCCAGCUUCUGACACUGUAGAAGCUUAGUAGAUGUUGAACAAGCUACAAAUGUACACAGAUAGGUACCCUCUCAUAAGAUGGGCAAGUGAAGGCUCCUACCUUAGCACUGUUCAUUGUUCCUCCAAAAUAAAUUGAUAACUUAAGUGAAGAGUAGAUAUUCCUAAAACAAUAUCAUGAGACUUUACAACGUCACAGAUGAUUGCAGGUAAUCAGGCAACUUAGGUCAAUUAGACAUAUAAAGUAAAUAACUGAAUAUUCUUGGGCUGGAAGGAACCCUAAGUUCUAACUCCACUACAAACUGGCGCUGAAUUAAAUGCGUCAGUUUUGAAAAAUGAUAUUUUCAUACAUUACACAACCUCCAAGGGCACUUAUAAGCUCUAAAAUGUUUUAUCAAGGCCGAUGGCAGCAAAAUUUCUUUUAAUAUAAAGCAAUAUUUUAUGCUAAAAUAAAAUAAUUCUAAAAGUUGUUUCUGCCACUCUUCAUGGAUAACUUCUCACUUCUUCAUGGUGAAAGAGGAUGGACUAUAGCAAAACUUUCAGUGGAAACCAACAGCUCCUGGAACAUAAACUGGAGUGGUUUUUAAUCUCUCCCCCCUCAAUAUCUGUUUAAUCCUUAAACAGAUACAAGAAGAGUCCAUAGUUGAUUUCUGGUCAUGCAAACGUUUAUUUCUGUAUUGUAAAUUAUGUGUUGUCAUGUAUUAUUUUUGUAUUAAGAGAACUCAUACCACAGUAGCAAACAUCAGGAAAAAAACAAACAGCUCUACAUAGUUUCCAAAAGCCUAUAUUUUAAAAGUUUAAAUGAAACAACCAACAUUUUGAGUGGCAGGAUGUCCUGUUCUUUCUUGGGCGCUUUCACAACCAGUGAAAUCAGUAUAGUUACCACUAUUUUAUGUACAGAGAACAAGAAUUAGAGGCUAUCAUUAGCCAGUGCACAAAGUGAUCUUAGGUCUCUAUCAACGACAAAAAUCCACAGGCGUGUGGAUCAACUGCUUGCAAAGAGCAUUUGCUGCUGAGGCCAAUAGGAGCUGUCCAUACUCAAGACCCUAACCAGGAUCCUCCAGGUCCCGCCUCCGCGCCGGCCCUCCCACGUCCCUUUGCGAGCGUGGCUGCGCCUGCGUGCGUGAGCCCCGUGACGUCACAGCCUCGGGUCUCCCCUGCGCCUGCGCGGGGUGCAGCUGGCGGAACCGGCGACUUCUGGCGCCAGCUUCCGGAUUAGUGGCUGCACCUCAGGCUUCACGUGAGGUGUUAAACUAGAAGAUUCAUCACCACUUUGAUGGCUGCCUCACAAACUUCACAAACUGUUGCAUCUCACGUUCCUUUUGCAGAUUUGUGUUCAACUUUAGAACGAAUACAGAAAACUAAAGGACGUGCAGAAAAAAUCAGACACUUUAGGGAAUUUUUAGAUUCUUGGAGAAAUUUUCAUGAUGCUCUUCAUAAGAACCAAAAAGAUGUCACAGACUCUUUUUAUCCUGCAAUGAGGCUAAUUCUUCCUCAGCUAGAAAGAGAGAGAAUGGCCUAUGGCAUUAAAGAAACUAUGCUUGCUAAGCUUUAUAUUGAAUUGCUUAAUUUACCUAGAGAUGGAAAAGAUGCCCUCAAACUUUUAAACUACAGAACACCCACUGGAACUCAUGGAGAUGCUGGAGACUUUGCAAUGAUUGCAUAUUUUGUGUUGAAGCCAAGAUGUUUACAGAAAGGAAGUUUAACCAUACAGCAAGUAAAUGACCUUUUAGACUCGGUUGCCAGCAAUAAUUCUGCUAAAAGAAAAGACCUAGUAAAAAAGAGUCUUCUUCAACUUAUAACUCAGAGUUCUGCACUUGAGCAAAAGUGGCUUAUUCGGAUGAUCAUAAAGGAUUUAAAGCUUGGAGUUAGUCAGCAAACUAUCUUUUCUGUUUUUCAUAACGAUGCUGCUGAGUUGCAUAAUGUCACUACAGAUCUGGAAAAAGUCUGUAGGCAACUGCAUGAUCCUUCUGUAGGACUCAGUGAUAUUUCUAUCACUUUAUUUUCUGCCUUUAAACCAAUGCUAGCUGCUAUUGCAGAUAUUGAGCACAUUGAGAAGGAUAUGAAACAUCAGACUUUCUACAUAGAAACCAAGCUAGAUGGUGAACGUAUGCAAAUGCACAAAGAUGGAGAUGUAUACAAAUACUUCUCCCGAAAUGGAUAUAACUAUACUGAUCAGUUUGGUGCUUCUCCUACUGAAGGUUCUCUUACCCCAUUCAUUCAUAAUGCAUUCCAAACAGAUAUACACAUCUGUAUUCUUGAUGGUGAGAUGAUGGCCUAUAAUCCUAAUACACAAACUUUCAUGCAAAAGGGAAUUAAGUUUGAUAUUAAAAGAAUGGUAGAAGAUUCUGAUCUGCAGACUUGUUAUUGUGUUUUUGAUGUAUUGAUGGUUAAUAAUAAAAAGCUAGGGCAUGAGACUCUGAGAAAGAGGUAUGAGAUUCUUAAUAGUAUUUUUACACCAAUUCCAGGUAGAAUAGAAGUAGUGCAGAAAACACAAGCUCAUACUAAGGAUGAAGUAAUUGAUGCAUUGAAUGAAGCAAUAGAUAAAAGAGAAGAAGGAAUCAUGAUAAAACGUCCUCUAUCCAUGUACAAACCAGACAAAAGAGGUGAAGGGUGGUUAAAAAUUAAACCAGAAUAUGUCAGUGGACUAAUGGAUGAAUUGGACAUUUUAAUUGUUGGAGGAUAUUGGGGUAAAGGAUCGCGGGGUGGAAUGAUGUCUCAUUUUUUGUGUGCAGUAGCAGAGAAGCCCCCAGCUGGUAAAAAGCCAUCUGUGUUUCAUACUCUCUCUCGUGUUGGCUCUGGUUGUACCAUGAAAGAACUGUAUGAUCUGGGUCUGAGGUUGGCCAAAUACUGGAGGCCUUUUCAUAAAAAAACUCCACCAAGUAGCAUUUUAUGUGGAACAGAGAAGCCAGAAGUGUACAUUGAACCUUGUAAUUCUGUCAUUGUUCAGAUUAAGGCAGCAGAGAUAGUACCCAGUGAUAUAUAUAAAACUGGCUGUACCUUGCGUUUUCCACGAAUUGAGAAGAUAAGAGAUGACAAAGAGUGGCAUGAGUGCAUGACACUGGAUGACCUAGAACAAUUAAGGGGAAAAGCAUCUGGAAAGCUCGCAUCUAAACACUUUUAUGUAGGUGGUGAUGACGGACCACCAGAAAAAAAGCGGAAAGCUCCCCCAAAAAUGAAGAAAGUUAUUGGAAUUAUUGAGCACUUAAAAGCACCUAACCUUACUAACGUAAACAAAAUUUCUAAUAUAUUUGAAGAUGUAGUGUUUUGUGUUAUGAGUGGAACAGAUAGCCAGCCAAAAUCUGACCUGGAGAACAGAAUUGCAGAAUUUGGUGGUUAUAUAGUACAAAACCCAGGCCCAGACACAUACUGUGUAAUUGCAGGGUCUGAGAACAUCAGAGUAAAAAACAUAAUUUUGUCAAAUAAAUAUGAUGUUGUCAAGCCUGCAUGGCUUUUAGAAUGUUUUAAGACCAAAAGCUUUGUGCCAUGGCAGCCUUGCUUUAUGAUUCAUAUGUGUCCAUCAACCAAAGAACAUUUCGCCCGUGAAUAUGAUUGCUAUGGUGAUAGUUAUUUUGUUGAUACAGACUUGAACCAACUGAAAGAAGUAUUCUCAGGAAUUAAAAAUUCUAACAAGCUCACUCCUGAAGAAAUGGCUUCUGUGAUUGCUGAUUUAGAGCAUCGGUAUUCCUGGGAUCGCUCCCCUCUCAGUAUGUUUCGACGCCACACCAUUUAUUUGGACUUGUAUGCUGUAAUUAAUGACCUGAGUACCAAAACUGAGGGGACGAGAUUAGCUAUUAAAGCCUUGGAGCUUCGAUUUCAUGGAGGAACAGUAGUUUCUUGUUUAGCUGAGGGAGUGUCUCAUGUAAUCAUUGGGGAAGAUCAUAGUCGUGUUGCAGAUUUCAAAGCUUUUAGAAGAACUUUUAAGAGAAAAUUUAAAAUCCUGAAAGACAGUUGGGUAACUGAUUCAAUAGACAAGUGUGAAUUACAAGAAGAAAACCAAUAUUUGAUUUAAAGCUAGCUUUCCUAGUGAGGAAAGCCUCUGAUCUGGCAGACUCAUUGCAGCAGGUGGUAAUGAUGAACUACUAAACUACAUUUUAUUUUUGUAUCUUAAAAAUCUAUGUCUAAAAAGUAUUGUUAGAUAUAGGAAAACAAUAAUUUUAACUUUUAAGAUUGAAAAGACAAUGGCCCAAAUCCAAGAAAGAAAAUUAAGUGAUUCAAUGAUUUUUUUGUGAUUAAGGUGAAGUAAAGAGUCCAAAGAAGAGAUGUUUUUAUAAUAUCCGUAUAGAUAUCUAGAAUUUUUAUUUAGAUACUAAUAAAAUAGUUUUCAUAACUUUUAAAAUCAUGAAAAGACCUAACCAGUAUAUUCUAAAAAAAAUCAAAACUUCAGUAAUAGUUUUUAUCCAGUAAAAGCAUUGCAAGAAAAUCGGGUAAAAUGGUUACAAUUGGACUUGUAAAAUAUGUCUUUUUACUUAGAGUUUAAAAUAUCCUUUUAUAUGUGAAAUGUAAGCUAAUUUGUUUUUCAAGAUUAAGACAAAAUGUAAUAAUAAAACUUUGUCAAUGAUGUUUUUAGCUAAAUGAGAGGAAGCUGAAUGAGACUUAAUGAUCUAAAAAUUUAAAAUUGAAUUGGUUUGAUUAAAAAUAAAGCUUGCAGUUUUAAAAGUAGCUCACAUUUAAUUUAUUGUGUGAAAUAGAACAUGUUUUAAAGGAAGUUUUUUAUGUGAAUUUGUAUUCCAGCAUAAAUAAUACUCACAAAAAGUGAUUUUCCUAGAUUUUCUCUAUUUAAUAGGUGUCAUUAUGGAUUAUUUAAGGUCAGCAUAUAUGGUAUGUAUUAUGUAUGGAUUUAUAUACCAAAUUUUGGAAUACAGCCUAUCUCAUGACCAUAUUGAAAUGUAUGGAAUUUGAUCUGUGAGAUACUAUGUGUGUAUUAUUUGAAAGUAAGGAACUUUUAUCCAAAUUGUGAAACAAAUGUAUGUGAUUUUGUUAUACUUCUUAAUUUAAAUAAAAUAUUUAAUAUACUAUUAAAAUAA